AUUCCUAUGAACCUAGACGAGAGGUAUGUAUCGCCUAAAACAGCACGUCAGCGUGAUGUAACUGUACAAACAACAACCAAAGAGAAGCUGAAAAGGACCUAUGACUGACUGCGUAUCGAUAAUGCAGCCAGAACAGCCAAACGGCUAUCAGCAUCAAAGGGCUUUACAGGACUCUGGAGACAGUAUUUCUGAACGACAGGAAUGGAGACCAGUCGCUUACAGAAAGUGCACAGACACUCUCUGGCUGCUCCUCUUCUGUCUUUUCUGGGCUGGCUUGAUGUUUAUAAGUGGCUAUGCUGUGGUGGCUGGUGCUGCAGAAAGACUUGUGCUUGGAUAUGACAGCUUUGGGAACAUAUGUGGUCGGAAGAACACUCCUGUAGAAGGAGCAAAUCUUUCUGGAUUGGACAUGACUAAUAAAAAGUAUGUGUUCUUUCUGAACUCAUGCAGCCUGGAAAUACAAAGCCUCAGAAUCAGUUCACUUUCCUUGUGCGUGUCAAGUUGUCCACAAGAGCAGCUCAACUCUUUGGAAGAUCUCCAGAGUUUUGCAAGGAAUAAUGGUUCUUUUCUUUGCAUUUACAACCUGAAUGUUUCCAAUUACACACUAAAUCCAAAGGCAGCUCAGCUCUGUCCCACACUGCCAGUUCCACCAAGUAAAUCUUUUCCAUUAUUUAAUCGAUGUGUUCCACAAAAUCCUGAAUGCUAUUCCAAGUAUGCAUCUGUCUUAAUAAGUAUGGUUAAUGAAAUGGAUGUUUUUCACCGAAUUCUGAGUGGAAUAUUGGCAGGAAGAGAUACUGUGAUAGGACUGAGUGUCCUUGCACUAGCCUUCUCUUUGAUACUGGUUUUAGCCUUCAGAUUCAUUCAGACCCUCCUCAUCCAUACUCUGAUUGCACUGGUUGUUUUUGGUUUGUUGUUCAUCUCAGGUGUUCUCUGGUGGCUCCAUUAUGACUAUAGGAAUGAUCCCAGCACUGAACUGGAAACAGAAAAGGAAAACGUAAAGUUCCUACUUGGAUAUGCCAUCUUCUCAACAAUAGUUACUGUUGUUCUGCUCUCCCUUAUCUUUGUACUAAGAAAGAGGCUUCAGUUUGCAGUACAGCUCUUUCGAAUUGUUGAUAAAAUCAUUGGCAGAAUUCCUUUCCUCCUGUUCCAACCACUCUGGACCUUUCUGAUUCUCACUGUGUUCUGGGUAUUUUGGGUUGCUGUAUUACUUAGCUUAGGAACUGCAGGUACUGCAGAGUCCACUUCAGGAGGACAAGUAGAAUACAGAGCUCUGUCUGGAAUUUGCUACAUGGCAUGGUAUCAUUUCGUUGGCCUUCUCUGGACUAGUGAAUUCAUUCUUGCCUGUCAGCAAAUGGUGAUUGCUGGGGCAGUGGUUACUUGUUAUUUCAACAGAAAUAAAAAUAACCCAUCGCCUCACCCAGUCUUGUCUUCCAUAUCAGUUCUUUUUUGCUACCACCUAGGAACUGCUGUAAAAGGCUCAUUUCUAAUCACAAUACUGAGAAUACCAAGGAUUGUUCUCUUGUACCUUUACAAUAUCCUAAACCAAAAGAAGAAUGCAAAGUGCCUGUUCAGCUGCUGUUUCUGCUGUGUUUGCUGCCAGGAAAGUUGCUUAAGAUACUUCAACCAGGUUAGACUUAACAUUUUGCUGAGUUGUGCCAGACAGAGUCCUGAAACACGGAGAGUUCAGGUAGGAGGAAGCAAUGAAGAAUUAGGAAACAUACCUGGAGAUGUGACAUUAAACUAAUUACAGUGUUUUCCACCUGAAAGUCCUGAAUGAAGAAACUUGAAUUCCUGGCUGAUUGCCAUUAUCAGCAGAUCUGGGAAUAUGAGCCAUGAUGUUAGCAGUCUUGUUGUAAAGGUGUUUUUAUUGGAAAUGGAUGAUUUCUGACAUACAGCAGUUUUACAGAUACUUGACACCUCUUUUUUCCUUCCCGAUUCUUUUCUCUAAGUGUGUUCCAGAUUUAUAUAUAUAAUUGUAAAUAGUUAAUUUUUGUCUUUGUCAUUGCCUUGUUUUUAUCUCUGAGGACUGUGAUAUUCUUAAUGUAAAAGGGAGUCAUAUUUUCGAAUUGAUUCCUCUCUCUCUGACUUCUGAGUUCUUUGUUCUCAUUGCUGAAGGUAGUAGUGAAGUAAACAAGACAGUUCUGAUAAAGGGUCUGACUUCUUCUCCUAAGAAGAUACAUAAAUUAGGUUUAAUCUUGGACAGUUAUGAAGAGAAAUUUUUAAUUUAUUGCACCCUAGAUUAAAACUUGUGGAGUGAAAUCUCUGAAUUUUCCAGGCCUACAUAUUCUAGGUAGGUCUUAUGGUCAGUGACUUGGUGAGGAAUAUCAAUGUUCAUUUUGACUCCAGGCUUUUCAUUUGUAGUCACCCUUUCCCCUUGGCUUGGCUUCCUGCCUUUCAAAGAGAUAUCCAGCAUCCUAGUGUUUGCUUUCUCCAGCUGUUGUGUGCUAUGUGUUUGUUAAAAGAAUUAAUUACUGUAAUGUUCUUCCUUUUGUUUCAGAGGGCUGUAUUGUAGCUCUUGUUCCCUUAAAAGAUUUCCUGUUUCCUAAUCUAUUGUUGGCAAAUUUCUGUUUUUCUAUGAGUUGUGGUUUUUAAUCUAAUGAUCAUAAUACAGUGUUUGCUUUUGUUUUGUUUUUUGAACAUCUUUUUAGCAAGGUGAUGGUAGUCCAUAUGUUCCAAAUCCAGGGCAAUUUGGGCAACAGUUAGAGAAGAAAAAAAGCAAGAAUAGGCCACAAGAUUUUAAUAGAACUUUUAUCUGUAUGAAAAUGUAACAUUGGUCUUGGGUUAUUGCAUCUCAUAGAGUAAUUAAUGGAUCUAAUUAUUUAUUUACUUUUUUCCCCCUAUAACUAAUCUGUUCAAGCCUAUUUCUUAAAAAAAUAUAUUUUGACUGCAGUUGAAAAUCUUAGUCUUUGAUUCUGUAAAAUCUGUGGCCAAAUGUUAAAUAGAAAAAAAAAGAAGGAAAAAAGUCUGCAACUUUAAGCAGCUUUGACAUAUUGCUUGAUUUACAGAAGUAGUGAAGUCUUAAGAGCUCCUACUGAGAUUGAUGAAACCUGCUGGGAACAACCUAGAAAUUUCCCAUAGAUGUUGAACAUGGACUUGAGAGUAGGACUUGGGAGGGAGGGGUUAAAAAAUUGCUUGUACCUGUGUUUCUAACAUUUUCAAAGUAUUCUUUAAGUUUAGAUUUUGAUUUUUUUUGUACCUAAAAUGUGGAACAGUUGUUGUAAAAUUUGGUCCAAAGAUCGUUGUGUACAUUAUCAUUCCUUACUAUUUACAAUUUCUUUGCUUUUUAUUUUAGUAUUACUUUCACUAUAGUGAAAAGCAUAUAAUUACCUGAAACUCUAAAAAACCAAGAUCCAAUCACUUCUGCACUAUUUUCUUCAACUUGUUGUUAUGCUGCUUAGGUAAUUUAAAUUCUUUCUGUUCCUUCAUUCACAAGUUUAAUCAGGAUUAAACAGAGUACUUUGUUUUCCCUCUGAGAACUUGCAGAUGAGAAACAGGUGCUGGAGGAAGUAACCCUGGUGAUAGAAUGCAAGCUUCUUUCUUCCCAUACAGAAGCAACCAAGUGCUCUAUUAUGUUAUCAAAGAGUACUUUUUGGGCUGGAGUACCAUCCUGCAUGUGGGAUUUAAUACUGACUUUAAUAGUUGCAUGCAUCCCUGAAGUGACUCAUUCUCUGCAAGCUCAGAGCUCUCCUGGAAGUUAACUGGAACAGGCCAAGGAGUUACCCUGUCAUCUUCCCAUCAUGACACAGUGCUGUGCUAGAUACUGGCAAUUGUCGUAUUUGCAGGGAUAGUUUUGGAGGAGGAGUAAUGUAAGACCAGUGUUCUGUGCAGAUUGCAAUACAGACAAUUGCAUUCAGCCUUUUUAAAUUUCUGUUGGAUUUGCAACUGGAUCCUGUGCUAAACUGUGGCGUAGUGUUGUUAUGUGCUGUUAAACAGUUCACUCUUUAAGCUGUUCCACUUCAGUCAUGGGCAAAGUGAUUCAUGUGUGUGUAUAAUCCAUUAGUAACAAUUGUGAAGCGCUCUGCGUUCUGUGGCUGAAAAGUGCUUUCUGAAUAUAAAGUCAUUAUCCUUACUUGACAGUUCUGUUUGCCAACACUUGUCAGAAUUACCACAGAUUUUUCAUCUGGCUCUGAUGGUUUCAGUAUGUUCCAGAUAAACAUAUCCAAUCAUCUCAAGGAAAAUCUAGGAGAUUGAAAGUUUUCUUCUGUAAAAAAUGUAUACUGUUUUUUCAUGUGGUUAGGGAAUUACAAGGUCUGUGUCUCUCCUGCUUUCGUGGCAGUCUUAACUUUAGGUACAUCAAAGUGUUCACAUGUUCUCCCUUUACAGCCUUGUUGCAGUGACGUUUUUAAAAAACAAUACAACUGGAUAGUUUUGCUUUUCUGUGUCCGCUUUGGGUCCAUCUGCAGCCAGUUGGCAAAGCGACCUCUCCAAAGUGCAGUGCCUGGAUUUCUAAAGGGGUUGCUGAGCAGGGUGUGGCUUCUCUGUGUUAAUCAGCAUGUUUGCUGCAGUGUAGCCUUCUGGGCUGUCAGUGAAUGUCAGUGAAUUCAGCUGUGUGUGAGCCUCAUUUCCUACGACAGAGACCCUUCCCUGAGACUGAAAGCCGGCAACUGUCUAGUGUAAUAAACCAGAAGCAAGUCUGUCCAAUGGCUGUAUAUCCAUGGCAGUCAUUGUCUCUUAGGCUUCCAUCCAAAGUUUAUCAGGAGGUUUCAGGGGAUUGUUCAAAAUUUUCCACAGUGCCUCGUGGAGAAUUCACCUAGAUAAAUCCAAAAUUCAUGCAUACUAUUGUAAAGCAAGUUCUUCUCUGCAUGCCAAACACAUUGUGCCUCACCCCAUCAAGUAGUUAUUUUUCCUGCCAAAAGCAAUACUACAUUUUAAUUUUACUGGCAAAAUUGCUGCUAGAUACAGAGCUAAUUUUUCAAUCCUCUUGAAAAUACAAGGAUAAAAUGUUAAUCUUCAGUGAAAUCGUAUUUUAAAUAUGCUUACUUUCCUUCUACAGACUUUAUGUAUGUAAUAAUAGCAAAUAAAAUUCCUCAGGUCUUUACUUGUUCUGUAGGAUGAACCGUGUAGGGAACAGAGUUGAACAAAGCUGACUAAUUCUUACUUUGAUAUCUUUCUCUUCCUCCCUAUCCCAUUAAGAAGAAACAAAAGGGGAAAGAGAGAGAGAAAAUAAAAGGCAUUCAAGCAAGUGACUGGUAAUUCAGUGCUUUUAAGCAGAGAAAUUUAUGAACAGCUCUCUGGAAAUCUUCAGUUUGAUUUAUUUCAGAAAUCCCAAGCAAGAACAUUUUCUCACUAAGUGCAGAAGCCACUGAAAGCAACCCCAGUAAUGAUGUCAUUAUGAUGCAAUGGGCACAUAAAGCAGGAUCCUUUUGAUCCAACCCUGUCAUUGAAAUGGAGCCCAUGUGUAACACUGUGAUGCAGCAGGAAGGGACACCCAACUACCCUCUGAGGAGAAAGUUGUGUUGGUCCUACCCACUGGAUGACAGCCAUGGAGGGAGUAGAUGACACAGAGAAUAGGAAGCAAGGAAAGUUGGAAAUUUUCUCCAGUAAGUCCAGACUGCAAAUAUAAGUGGAAUAGAAAUAAAUGAAAGUUGUGCUUUUUGGACUGCUUGGGAAGAUUCAGGAGGUUGUUGAAUGCUCCUUACAGAUGGUAAUUAGCCUAGGAACAAAAAAAAACCAUUUCUGUGUUAGCUGUGUGCUUAUUGAUUAGAAGUGGAGGAGGAGAAUAUUCUCCAUUUGUUUGUCAGCCACAGCACAAUAGCCUUUAUUUAACAAGGCUGCAGGAAGCACAGAGUCAGUCCCAGAAGGUACAAGAUUAAAUACUUGCGCUGGAAAGAGGGGGAUAAAUGUCAUUGUACAAGUUGCUGGUUACGUGCUCAGUCUUAUCUCACUGGGGGGACUGGAAAAUCGUGUGACAAAUGAAGGGUAAGAGCUAAGCCCGUUAGCCAUCUAUGAGACAGCAGGGAGGGAUAAAAGCCAGACAAGAUCAGCAGAAAAAUCAGUAGAUGUAAAUUUUUCAUGAAUAAAUGUUGUCUGGAAGUUGGAAGAAGGUUCCUAAGGACCAGAGGGACAACUGUCUGGAAUAGCUCCAAAUGUAAAGCCUCGGAGAGGGGAAGUCCUAAGUGAUGUAAAGAGGAAGUUUUCCAUUUAAGAGAAGUUUUGUAUAAUGUGCUAAUCUGAAAUAGCCAGGGACUGGAGUGGCUGAAAGUCCCUUCCAGUCUUGUAUGUCCUCAUCCCUUCAGUGGGGCCUCACAAGGCCUGCCUUGCUUUUCAUUUCCCACCACUGAGAGUCAUGAUACAACUUUCUCACCAGACCACUAACUGCUGCGCAGCAGCGACAGUCACUGCCUCUUGUUACCAUUGGAUUUCGUUUUCUGAGGGGCUUCCACUGGCAGCAGUGACACUUGCAGACGAAGACACUUCACAGUCCAGCCUGAGCUGCACCACACUGCACUGGGGGUAGCUAACCACGACAGCCCCUAAGAGAUUUGGCAGCAACAAGAUCAGAUCAGGCUGAAAAUACCAGCAGAGCAGAAAAAGCUGAACUGGGAUGAGAGACCAGCAUGUCUCCUUCUUCUUUUUUAAGAAGAUUCUGUUGCUAUGGCAAUUCUCUCUUCCCCAAGCUCAUUUUAUGAAAGCAAGCCUUAGAAUGGAGGACUGAAUUCAGCUGUUACACAAAGUAGCAAUUAUUCUCAACAAUUGGGGAACUUACAGCCUGGAUCUGAGCCAUAGCGCCUUUCUCAUGAAACUACCAGGUCACUUUUUCCAAGACCUUUGACAUUCUGUGUUGUGAGGCACAGAAGGAUAUAUUCUUUAAAUAGGUUUUUUUGCAUACUGUGGUAUUUGGAAAUAUGUAAACAUUCCCAUUCCCUAUUUAUUCAUCCUGACACUGAGAAAUCAGUGUCUAGUUCCCAGGCCCCAAGCCAGAAGAGGCUUGUGUACUUCAGAGAGGUGGCAAUACGAGAUCAACUUGCUGGUGCAAGGAUAAAGGCUGUUCCUGACCCACUGUCUCCCAUGCUUUCUGACCAACCCUAUCUAUCAAUGCAAUCAUUACUUGCUUGUCACCAGAGCAGAGACUACCAUUGUAAAAGAUCAAUUCAUUAAGCAAAGAUAAAACUGUAAGAGCUAUAACAUGUACAUAAGGAUCAGACUGAGUCCCUUUCUAGGUCUAGUAUCCCAUCUUCAGCAGUGACAGUGAGUAAAUGCUAAGGUUGAACGAGGGUAUUUCCCUGUCUCUGUGCUGUUUCUGAAUCUGAUUUCAGCCAAGGGACUUCUAGGGCUGAGUGUGUUUUCUGUGUGUUUAAUAACUCUCACCUGAUUCCUUUUCCCUGAAAUUCCUUGUCUCCGUUGAAUUCAUGCAAACUUUUAGCAGCUAAAACAUCCCUUGUCCAGCAGUUCACAGUUUACAGAUUUAUAGUGAGAAGAAAUACCAUCUGUUUUCAAAUUUGGCUCCUACUACUUCAUACUGUUCUGCCCCUGUCUGGACGUUGUUCUGGAAGGAACAGUGAGCCAUCUAACCCUAUACAGCCUCUCUGCAUUUCUCAUGAGUCGGUAGCCCUCUUGCUGCAUCCUCCUUCAGUCAUCUCUUUUCCAGACAGAAGAGCCUGGUGUUCCCCAGACAGAAGACAUUCCAUACCUUUUGGAUCAUUCCUGCUGCCCUUCUCUCAAAUAUGUUCAAGUCCACUAAAGCUUUUGUGCAUGGAAAAAGAAUGCAUUCUGUAGAAAAACAUAUUUAAAUAACCUGUGCCUAAAUGUUAGCAGGUUCUUAACUGACCAUGGUCUACCACCUUAGCCUUCACAACUAUCUUUAAUUUGAAAGGCUUUGGAUUAUUGCACAUAUCCUGCAAUUUCCAACUUAACGGGAUAUCUAACCUUUUUAGUCCAAAGUCCAAAUGAUUUGCAAAUAUAGGUAACAGCUUGUGUGUGUUAGGUGUUCCUUGAUGAGUAAGGAUGAGAAAUCACUUGAGCUCAUUUCAGUGCAAUGCUGAGUUUCAUGGAAACAUGUUACCUUAAAUGUUUGAUGUGUUUUGUCAGUGACAACAUGUAGAUUUCUAUGUGGCUGGAUGGGAUCAGGGCAUGGGGUCUGUAUGAGAAACUUGAGACUUGUUAGGCAAGUGUAUGGAAAAAGAUUCUAGGCUGAACAAGAGACCCUCCAAAUAUUUCAUGUAUUUUUUGCUAAAUAUGUAUUUUUUGCUAAAAAUACAGACAUAUUUUUUGCUAAAAGGUAGAGAUCACUUGGCUAAGUCUUCCAAUUCUGCUGGUAAUAUUCCUGCUUUACAUACGUCUGACUAGUUUUGUAGCCUUCAGCAGUUCAUUAAUUUCUGUCUCUCUCUUGUUCCUUCUAUAACAUUAGAUUAUUACCUGGCUGCCUUUGUUUCUUGAGUAUUAGGUAAUGCUUACAUGAUUUAAGUUAUAACUGCUAUAAAUGCCAUUUUUUAUCAGCUGGUUUGUAACACAACAAAUCCUUGUGCAGGUAGUGUGUACUGUCUCCAGCGUUAUUUUCAGUCUUUCCAAGAUAACUGUUCUAGUUAAUAAAUAUUAGAAAUUCUUUUCAUUGUGCAUUCUUUGAAUACCAAAGUGGCUACUUCAAGAAUGCAAACAAAUGGGUAUUUAUUUUAAGUUUGGAAACAAUGUUUGUACAAGCGCAUGUGCAUUUCCAACAUUCUUUUUAAUUUUUAAAACACAUUUUUUUCAAUUUAUAAUGAAUACCAAAUCUCUGUUUAAUUUAUUGGCAAAAUUUAUACUGACCUCACCAGGUCAGGAUCUACUCUGUGAAUUUAGUUCUUAAGGGACAAAAACAAACUUAGAAAACACUUUUCCACUUUGUGUCUCUGUUCCCUCUCUGUUUAAUGGGAAUGAUG